CGCAGGAUGGGAAGGAGUGGCCUUGUGCUUGUGCUGUUGGUCUAUCAAGUAGCAGCUGACCUACCAAUCAACGACUGUGGUGAACCCCCGCCGAGUGCCAAUACUUACAGGACAUUCCCUGACAAUAACACUGUGGAGUACAGAUGUAUCGACACCUACAUUCUGUCAUCAGGCGACCUCGUCCGGCACUGCGUCAAUGGACUGUACACUGGGACCACACCCGUGUGCAUCGUGAACUGUGGCCCUCCCUUGAAUAGCAGCUACGCCAGUAUUGACAUGACGGGAACUAAAGAAGGCGACAACGUGACGUACAACUGUCCCGACGGAUCGAUUGUAUCCUCGACUGUUACCCAAUGCAGCGGUACUACGGGAUACUGGGAAGCUGGCGACAGGUGCUUUGGCAGUCUAGACGUUGCCUCGUUUACUGCGGAACAGACCUCUUCGGCGACUUUACUUGACAUCAGUAAAACCACAAAUCUCUCACUGUCGAGCACCUCAACAUUUGAUGCCGCUAACGCCGUGGACCCAACAAAACUGAGUGUGAGUCUUCUCACCGGUGGUUGUAGCAGCACGAAGCUUGAGCAACGUCCUCACAUGAGCAUCAAUCUUGGUGGCUACUACUCAAUCUAUCAAAUAGCUGUGACACUACCGGAUGAUGACUUUGCCUUCUCCAUACCAAACCUGAAAGUGAUGUAUACCGACACAUCCUCCUUUGUUAAGUUCAGUCCCAGCUGUCUGAGAGGCGAGGCCGUUCCCGCGGGAUCCAGGGUCAUGGCAAAUUGUUCAGUAACACGGUACCCACGUUCUGGGAAGUACAUUCAUCUUGAAGCAGACUUUGGAGACAAGACUGGCAUGCUACAGAUAUGUCGGAUCGAGGUGUAUGCUCGCCCUGUUACAUCAGGUAUGCUGUUUCAUUACUGCAGUGGAAAUAAAAUUGGCACGAGAAGAAUUGGUUUGAUACUAGAGAAGCUAUGUCUCGUAAACAAGGUAGGACCUGAAGACCUUGGGUUCGCGUAAUGGAUUCUAACGGAACAUGAUGAUUGGUUAGUCAGGACUAUACCUGUGAUCGCAAGUUUUGCUAAAGGCAUUUAGUUUCGUGUAUGUUCCUAUCUUUCAUUUUAUCUUUAUUUCAUUGAC